GUAGUGUAGAAAAUCAUAUGAUACGCAAUGCAAAGCAAAGCACGGAGCAUCACAUGAAAACAAACAAACAUGCAGUGAGAGAGAGGGUCUGCAAAUGGGUCGCAGCCCUAAUCGGAAGCACAGCCACCUCCCCCCAGGCCCCAACACGCAGCUGGGUUGUGCCGAGCAAGGGCUUGCAUUCACGUCGGUGGGGUUGUCUGCAUUUGCCUGAUUGAUUUAUAGCUGGCGAUGGCGGCCCUUUCUCCCAGAGAUGCAGCGGCCGUUCUCGCCAGUGCCAUACCUCCGCCGAAGAAGGCAGCCAACCUGCUCGAUCCUUUCAGCUUGAAGCGCGUUCUCGACGACACUACGUCCGAGGUUGUACUCGAGCGAGGCUACGUUGAAAAUGUGAAGUUGAGCAAUCUGAAGAUGUCGAUAGGCGUGAUCACGUGCGCCAUUGCCUUAGCUGCUCAAUUUUACCCCAAGAAGUUUCCCGAGAAUAAGACCUUUUUAAUUGGAUGCAUCAUCUUGUAUGUGAUUUUUAAUGUCAUCCUACAAUAUGUCAAUUUAACCAAAGAGAAACAGUAUAUUCUGUUCACCCAUCCUUUCCCGGGGUCAUUUAGUGGUACAGGAUUGGCGAUUUCCUCAAAAUUACCCAGGUCUUCGGACAUGUACACGCUACGGAUAGAAAGUGCAGAUUCUCAACACAUUUUGGCUCUCCCUCCUGUAGAGCUUACGAAGAGUGUAACCAAGUGGUUUACAAAGGAUGGAGUUCUGGCCGAGGACAUCUUUUGGGACGACGUUGAGAGUUUGCUGGAUACGUAUGAGAACGAGUCUCGCAAGUCGAAGUGAAAAAAACAAACAAACAAACAAACAAACAGAUGACGCCGAGAAAUGUCAAUGCUUUCGUUGUUCGGAAUCUCUACUUUUGCAGCAUGAUUCUUUUGAAAAUCCUUUUCGACUGGAACUCACGCACUGUUAUUAUCAAAGGGAGUACGUGCUUGAGAUUGCCCCAUGUCAACGUUGAGCACUUGGGCAUUGUCAGUGUCUGAGGCAUCAAAAAUAUGCAGAGGAUCGCAACUUGUGUACUUCCCACAUCCGAAGACCUAGCUCAAGCGUGACGGUAUUUCUGAUCGAUGAACUCUAAAGAGGCUGGUUGAUUGGUUGUUUCUUUGUUUGUGUAUCUACUUCACUGCCUUUCAGAUUUCAUCCAUUCUCCUAAUCCUUCCCAUUAAUUCGAAAUUGGUGAGAGUGAAUUUGUGGAUGUGGUAUUGGAGAUGUGAUACUCUGUGGUUAGCAAGUCUAGUUAGCAGUGCCACAUCUUUGCAACAUAUGUAGCGGGAGUCUUCUUUUGAAAUUGAUUCUGAAUGCCUUAGAAAUCAGCAGUUGCGACUCCAUCAAUUUUUAGUGCACUCAGAGGUGCCACGAGAGACUCAAACAGUUAAGUGUUUUUGUUUUUAUUUUUUGUUGUAAAAUAAGAAUAAAUUUUGUAGUUUUUGAAAAUUUGAAAA